CCCCACCCCUCCUCCGCCAGCCGCGUCCUCCCGGGCUCGGUGAGGAACUGUUCCUGGAGGAGCCGCGGGACGCCGAAACCAGCCAAUGGGAAGCAGGGAGACGCGGAGAUUGGCACUGUAGAUGGGAAGUGGGUUCCUGGCUCAUCUGUUGAUGCAGUGCUAGAAGUGAGCUGCAGAACAGGAGUUACUGGAGAUGACAGUGACCAUGAGUCCUGAAGGAGGAAUAUUGAUCUCAGCGUUACUUUGACCAUUAAUGAAUUAUGAUGGCAAUAAGCAGAGACGCACACCUCCAGCCUCCUGGGAGCUUAAUCUUCUGCUACAGCGUUUGCAUUUGCAUAAACCUUCUCCCUCUGCCACUGGAGAUACAGAGAUAAAUGGCAUGGUUUCUGCCUCCAAGAUCUAUCAGUCUAAUGGGAAGAUGGUCACCGAAAGAGCUAAUUGUGAUGUGGGUAAUAAAGACCAUUCUAAGAGGACUAAGUACCAGCGUUAUCGACCCAUGUCUGAGCUGUGACUCAACAUCCUUGGAUAUUUACCGAAACCUCAUCGUCCUGUGCGAGUUGGUGUUGCUUCUUCUGUUGCUGUGGUACCUGGUGAGCUUGCCAUUUUCACCUACCUUCAGUAAAACCAAAGACAUCCGAAAGCGUCAGGGCAGAGCCAAGAGGAGAAGGAAAGGUGGAACACCGAAAGGUUGGAGAUGUCACCAGACAGAAAUAGAGGAGAAAACGAAGCUGAUUUCUAUUCUGAAAAGCCUCCUGGGCCAGCACGAUGACAACACCCGCAUUCGUCAGCUCUUAUGUCCAGACCCCUUCUGUGAGGCGUGUAAUAAUGCAACUGCUGAGAUCAAUCGGCUGCUACUCCCAGGGGCCCUGGAAGAUUCUGCUUCCUCUGUGUCCCCGUUGGCUUCCACAGCUCCUGUGACUGAGUCGUCAUUUACUCUGUCCCCUGCCUUCUCAACAGUCCCUCCAAGAGACCUAACACCAGCCUCUCUUCUUGAGCCUUCCCCACUGCCCCCCUCCGUUCUCUCCCCUAGCCCAAUGACCCCCUUAGUUGACUCUUUUUCACCCUCCCCAUUGGGUCAUUCUCUGGCACCAGAGCCUUUUCCUUCCUUGGAUUCUGAAUUCCCAGUGGACUAUUCCCCACCCCAACCCCUUGCCUUUCCCCCUCUCCUACCACAUGACACUCACACAGCAGAUCCUGUUCUCCCACGAGAGGCCACUUUGUCUCCGGAUACCGUUUUCUCUCUUGACCCCACCCUUUCCCAAGAUACCAAUCCCCUAUCAGAUUUGGCCCAGGCAAUGAAUCACCCCGAUUCUUUUGCUUGUCAUCAUGCACCACCAACUCUGAUGUCUCUUUCACCACAGCCAGAGUGCACUUUAUCUGUGACUCAAUCUGUGACUCCAGAACAGGAGAACUUAUCUCCAGAUAGCUCUGGUGGGUUAUCCACUUGUGUGUCAACAAUCAGAGGCACUGAGCAUUCAAGCCUGUCAAUUGCAGACUUCUCCUGGCGGCAAGCUCAUGCCAAAGACUCGUUCCCUUCCACGUUGGCACAAUGUGAUUUCAAUCAGGAGUUUCUUGACCUCCAUUCUUCAGAGGCCUCUUUUGGGGGAGACCCUGCAGCCAACCUUGUAGAGCCUGGUAACCUCUCAUUUCUCAGCCCUGAUGUCCUGGCACUCCUGGAGAGACAAGUCCAAAAGAGGAGCGAUUUUCUGAUGUGGAAGGAAAAGGAAAAUGAAAAAGAUUCUCUUCCAGAACAACUUAGGCCAGACUACCAACGAAAUUCUUCGUGGAAAAUGUUAGAGUCAACUGCUGAUAAGCAUGACUCGGCAGUCUGCCUUCCCUUUUGGAGCAGCAGAGACAAAUCAGAGGAGCUGCAUGUGCGUCAGCAGCCCCCAUAUCCUAAGACCCUGGAAGACCAUUUACAGCAAAAACCUAUCCAGUUCUUCUGGGGUCUCCCGUCUCUGCACAGCGAGUCCUUGCCCUCUGCUGUUCAUGUCUUGGCUGACAGUUCCUCAAUCUUUAUUUUCAAUAGAAACUCGAAUGCCUCCACAGGCCAAGAAUCACCAGUGCUUCCUGAUCCCCUGCCUCUGUCCUUGCCUGAGAUUCAGCCUGAGCCCUUGCCUCAAACCCUGCCUCAAUCUCAGCGCCUACCUCUCACUCAGGUCCAGUCCCAGGCCGACCCUCAGUCUCCACUCCCAGUCAUACCAUCUGAUCCUCUACCCCAGAUCAGGACCUGUGGAGUAAGUUUCCACAGACCUCAGGAUGAGUCCCAGUCUCUCUCCUCAUCUGAAAUUCAACAGCUGGAAUGGAACAUUUUGCAGAAACAACAGGAAAAUUUGUGGGGUUUACCCUCUGUGGUCCAAAGAUCUUGGGAAGACUUUUGUCCAUCAGCUCCUAACACUCCUCGCCACUGGGCCCCCCAGGCCCGUGUUUCAAUCUCCAUCCUUCCUGGGGAGUUUCCUCUCGGUGAUGAAGUUCGGAAGAAACUAGAGCAUCACCUUCGAAAGAGGCUCAUCCAACACCGGUGGGGCCUGCCCCGCAGAAUCUACGAGUCUGUGUCACUGAUAUUGCCUCCAAAUGGUUUUUCAGAGGCAUCUGAGUCGGUGAGCAAUAAUGGAGUCUCACUGAUCUCUGUGUUUAAGGGUCAGAGUAGCAAAAAUGGAAAUGUUGGAUUGAGGCAAACUGGAGGCUUCCAUGAGAGGAGCUCAGAAAUGUUCCAGCUAGAGGAAGGUGUGGGGAAGGAUCUGGGACACAGCCUAGAGAAUGGCCCAAAAGAUCACCUGUUGAAUGACCCAAAGAGCUCUUCAGGUAAGGAUCUGGUGUAUGACUCUGAGAAAGACCUAAAGAGUCAGAUGGUGAGUCUCUCAGAGAAAAAUCCAAGGAUGUCAGCAGAGAGUCUAGGUCAGAGACAACUUCAAAAUGUCCUAAAAGUACAUUUGAGCAAGAAGUUUGGAGAAAUAAAUGAGGGUCGGCUCCCUGGGACUGUGCAUAAUUCAUGGCAUGCUAUCAAGCAAACAUUGCUUCUUUCUGUGAAAUCCCACACCCAAACAAAACAGAGAAGUGUGCCAUCAUCAGUGGGUGCGGCCUACUCCCUGAAUACCUUCCAGGACCUGACUUUUGUUGAUUCCAAUACACAACAGAUGCUGGAAGCCCAUAUUAAAAGGUUUCAUAUGAGGAUGUUGUGGGCCCUUCCCCGCAAGGUCCUUGAAUCCAUACAGAUCUUUAAAUUGAAAGAUGCCUCAUCCCAGUCCUUGUCUCAUGCCAACUUGCCCUCCUCAACCAAUGUGAUUUCUGAGGCAGACUCCAAAUCUGGGAGCUUCAAGUCCUUUAGAGGAAGCUCUGAAUCUCUCCAUGGAGACAAAGCGGGAACAACAAAUUCAGCCCCUGUCCUGGAUCGUUCUCUCCCUGCCACCUCACCUGUGGGCAAAGGAGGACAGAGGGUCCUGAGACAAUCACGCUCUGAUGUCAACCGUAGGCUGGCAGAGGAUGUUCAGAGAAUUAAGGAUGCCAGACAGACUCCUCUGUCUGUUUCACUCUCCAUCGCAGGGAAAGCAGGUCCUAGACAGACUCAACUAGCCAACAGAUAUCCCCAAAAGCUGCUUGCAAAGCAAGCUGGGGCCAGAUAUGAGCCGAAGCAUAAGAGUGUGAGUUUCAGUGAUAAAGGAGAAAUGCAACGGGGCAAAAAGGUGGAGAAGUCAGAACCUGUUUCCAUGCCCAGAUUGUCUAGGGAGGUAUUCGCGGCUGAGGAGCCUGAUCCUCUUCAAUUAAAAACUAGUGACAUGGUGACAACUAGCAAGCCAGGGAGCGCCCAAAUGAUAAAUGUGAAUGAGAAUAAAGCAGAAACUACCCUGACCACUGGAAGCCCCCCACCCAAAUUACCAGUUCGCCAAGAUCCUAAAUCAUUAGACCUUAAAGAACAACUGUUCCGUGAGUUAAACUUUAAACUGGAGAACAGGGAGCAUAGCCAGGCUCAAGGCCAACCCACUGACACAUCCCUUGCUUCAGAUAACUUGACUUACGAGGCCUCACUGACUCAUGCCCAAGGUGUCUCAGGUGGGGACAUGGGAGCUUCCCAGGUGCUGCGUGUCCGUUUGGAGGACAGAGGAAUCAGGAUGGAGCAGCAGCAGAAACCUUGGGCCCCUAAGCAGGAUAAGAACUUCCCACCAACUGCAAAGAGAGUGAGCCCUCUGGAGCCCAAGGCAAAAGAGCUUGAUGGAGGGGAUAAAGGCUUGGGGACAUCCCAACUUAGGAGGAAGAGUUUCCCUACUCAGGAGAUGGUACUAGGGCAGACACGUGCGAGCAAGUGUUCCCAGACCCUAUCACAGAAGGGACAGCCUCUUCCUGAAGGCCAUAACGGAAAAAGAAUGAUGCACUUCUUGCAAUGGCUUUAUUCUGGGAUAAAAUACGAAAGUCAAGAAGAUGCCCAGGAAAAGGGCAGCCCCAUAUCAACUGUGCAGAACAGAGGCCUAGUUAAAAGUAAAGCUGCCUUUACUGGGACAACUGAAGCUCAGAAAAUCGUGACAGACAACGGGAAGUUCCUAGAGGAGAAACUGGGGUGUCAGCAUGCAAUUGAUGUCACCUGCUCUCAAGGGCCCCGUCCUCCCCCAGUGCAGGUGAGGAAAACUCAGCAAAAGGCGGAAGUGCAGGUCCGGACAGAACCUGUCCAGGGACAUCCUGUCAACUACAGGGCUCCCUCCUGUAAAGUGACAAAUGUCAAGUCCUGCCAUCAAAUAUCAAGUCCUACCUUUGCUGGCCAGAGUUAUCCUCCAAGUACAAGACAGAUCAGAGAUAAGAAGAGACACCCCCAGAAAGUUGUGGCAUUCAAGGACCAGCAACUAUGUCACAGACAUCUCCCACCAGUGUCCCACGGGGAGCCUGUGCCCCAUCCAAGCCCCACCCACAGGCGUCAAGCUGGCCAGGCACCCACGGCUGCUCUCAGCACUGCUGAAGGCACUGUGUCUGGACAUCGGUCUCUACUCUUUAGACAGAAAACAAUUCUCCAGAAUUCCCAGGGAGGAAGACUUCCCAUCCAGAAAUAACUCCUUCCUUGUG